GUCCCUACGAAAACACUUUCGGGAAGAAUAAAGUUUUUUUCCCCCCUCACACGGACCUGCGCUUAGCCAGUCCUUACUGAGAGCCAAACCGUGGCCUAGCAGGAAGAACGGCUCGACUAUGUGGAGAAAGAAACGGGCACUUGGUGAAUCCUUGGCUUGUCUCGUAUUUCUUGUGACGCUCGUCGAUGCUUAUCGAUUCCUGAGCCCGAACACGGCCUCCCAGUUCCUGAGCAGGCACAGGAGAGCCAACUCUAUGUUUGAGGAGAGCAAGAAGGGCAACCUGGAGAGGGAGUGCAUCGAGGAGUUGUGCAACAAGGAGGAGGCCAGGGAGAUCUUUGAGAACCAUCCAGAGACGGAAUAUUUCUACCCCAAAUAUGUUGCAUGUCUGGGUUCACACCGUGUCGGCAUCAACAACCAGAACUCGGAUUCUGGCAUCCCAUCGGACCUUCGCAACUGCGUGAAGGAGAUCAGUAACCAGUGCACGCCGCCUCCAUGCUACAAGGAGGGGACAGAGCGCUGUGUGGACGGCCAGGCCUCCUUCACAUGUGUGUGUAAACCCGGCUGGAAGGGGUCGCGCUGUGAGGACGACAUCGAUGAGUGUUCAGAUCCUGAAUAUCCAGCGGGAUGUAACCAAAAAUGUCACAACUUUCCCGGCAGUUUCCACUGCAUGUGUGAAGAUGGCUACGUCAUCAAUGACAAAAUCAACUGCAUGGAUAUCAAUGAAUGCCUGAUGUACCCCAGUAUCUGUGAAGAACCAGCUAAAUGUGUCAACACGCCGGGCAUGUAUGAGUGCCGGUGUCCCCUGGGUUUCAAAUACAACUUCAAUUCCAAGACCUGCAAUGAUGUAGAUGAGUGCGAGUUGAAUGUGUGCGACGGGACUUGUAUAAACACAGUUGGCAGCUAUGCGUGCUACUGUGAUGGUCGUCAGGGUUUUCGUUUGGCGGACAAUAAGCGAUACUGUAAAAGAAUCCCUGUUUGUGUGGACCUGUAUGACUACAAACACCCUGAGAUGCUUUACCUGGGGGAGCAGUUUGCAGGCCUUCCUGUCAUCUAUCUGCUCUUCCGUCUGCCGGAGAACACAAAGUUUGCAGCAGAGUUUGACUUUCGUACAUUCGACCCAGAGGGAGUUGUGCUGUACGCAGAGUCCUCCCAGGACUCAUGGUUCAUGUUGGGGCUAAGAGGUGGUCGCAUUGAAGUCCAGUUCAAAAACCAGCACACAUUCAAGGUCACCAGUGGAGGAAAAGCCAUCAAUGAUGGACAGUGGCACGUGAUCUCUGUGGAUGAACUGGAGAGCAGCAUCAGUGUGAAGAUCAGCAAGGAAGCUGUGAUGAGCAUCAACAGCCCAGAUAGUCUCUUUACUUCAGUUAAUGGCAAAAUGGAGACCAAGGUCUACAUCGCUGGUCUGCCCAACCGCACUGAAAACAUCAUCAAACCUAUCAACCCUCGACUUGACGGCUGUAUCCGGGGCUGGAACUUGAUGAACCAGGGGGCAUCUGGUGUAAAGGAGGUCAUCCAGGAGAAGAAGAGUAAACAUUGCUUUGUGAAUGUGGAACGAGGAUCUUUCUUCACUGGGGCAGGACUGGCACGCUUCAACAUUGACUACAGUGAUUCUGGGAGCUGGUAUGUGGAUAUCAAGAUGAAUAUACGUCCGUCCAGCAGCACAGGUGUCUUAUUCGCUCUUGUCUACAACAACACAGUCCCCCUGUCGGUCGCUGUGGUAACACAGGGAGAAAAUGAUGCUAAUCUGCAAGUGUUCUUGCACGGCGUCUCCGUGGCGACGCUGGACUCACUCAUGUUGUGUUACCCCGACCGGCUGACAGUGCAGCUGAAUGUGACUCCUACAGAAAUCCAGAUCUCAGCCAACUCCUCCUUUAUUACUUACAUGAAGUCUGAUGCCCUGCGGGAGGCAUUGCAGCGCCUCAACACCACCAUGCAGAACCCCAUCAGUACAUAUAUUGGUGGGAUACCAGACGAAGUCCCGUUACCUGCCUCCCCUGUGACAGCCUUUUACCAUGGCUGCAUGGACAUCACUAUCAACGGCCAGCAGCUGGACUUUGACGAGGCUCUCAGCAAACACAACAGCAUUAAGUCCCAUUCCUGUCCUCCUGUGUCUGCCCCUGAGAGUCACCCUGAUGCACCGCACCUGCACAGAAAGUGACCUUAAUUAACUGGAUCACAUUAAAAAGUCCUCACAUUAGGCAGCAUCCCACAGCGGCCAUUUCUUGGGAUAUUUUGAAAGAGGAGAGGAGACGGGAGGGAGGGAGGGGAUGAGAAAGAAGUGACAAGAAGAGGAGAUAGAGGUAGAUGGUCAUAGUCAUUUCUGUUGACUUUCUGGGUUUAUUUUAAGCUUUGUCUUACGGUUUUCAUCCAAAAAGUAUUAUUGUUCCUAUCCCGGGAGCAUUUUGUUUUUGGGGUUUUGUCAACGAAAGCUGGCUUGCCAGUGAGCUAGUCGGAAGCUGGAUGUCUGUAUGACGUAGUUGUAGCAGUUUGUUGCAAUGAAUUAAAUGCUUUUCAAGAAACAUUUGAAAAGAGCUGAGCUCUGUAGCACGCAUACCAUGUUUUGACCAAGAUAUGGUUAUGUUUGUGUAGAAAAAUAAACAAAUGGUGUUGACCAGG